UCUCAGACUGUACAGGCAUUAAAAUAUUGCUUGGCAUUACUCAAAAGCAAAGAAAAGCAAGACGAAUAAAUAAGGAAAAGGGGAAAAAAAGAUUGUGCUGAUUUUAAAAUCAUGCAAAAACUGCAAAUCUAUGUUUCUAUUUACCUGUUUAUGCUGAUUGUUGCUGGCCCAGUGGAUCUGAGUGAGAACAGUGAGCAAAAAGAAAAUGUGGAGAAAGAGGGCCUGUGCAAUGCAUGUACCUGGAGACAGAACACUAAGUACUCAAGAAUAGAAGCCAUAAAAAUCCAGAUCCUCAGUAAACUCCGCCUGGAAACAGCUCCUAACAUUAGCAAAGAGGCUAUAAGACAACUUUUGCCGAAAGCUCCUCCGCUCCGGGAACUGAUUGAUCAGUACGACGUCCAGAGGGAUGACAGCAGUGAUGGCUCUUUGGAAGAUGACGAUUAUCACGCUACAACGGAAACAAUCAUCACCAUGCCUACCGAGUCUGAUUUACUAACGCAAGUGGAAGGAAAACCCAAAUGUUGCUUCUUUAAAUUUAGCUCUAAAAUACAGUACAAUAAAGUAGUAAAAGCUCAGCUGUGGAUAUAUCUGCGACCCGUCAAGACUCCUACAACAGUGUUUGUGCAAAUUCUGAGACUCAUCAAGCCCAUGAAAGACGGUACAAGGUACACUGGAAUCCGAUCUCUGAAACUUGACAUGAACCCAGGCACUGGUAUUUGGCAGAGUAUUGAUGUGAAGACAGUGUUGCAAAACUGGCUCAAACAGCCUGAAUCCAACUUAGGCAUUGAAAUCAAAGCUUUAGAUGAGAAUGGUCAUGAUCUUGCUGUAACCUUCCCAGGACCAGGAGAAGAUGGGCUGAAUCCCUUUUUAGAGGUCAAGGUAACAGACACACCCAAAAGAUCCAGAAGAGACUUUGGUCUUGACUGUGAUGAGCACUCCACAGAGUCCCGCUGCUGCCGAUACCCUCUCACGGUGGAUUUUGAAGCUUUUGGAUGGGAUUGGAUUAUUGCACCCAAAAGAUACAAGGCCAACUACUGCUCUGGAGAGUGUGAAUUUGUGUUUUUACAAAAAUAUCCUCAUACUCAUCUUGUCCACCAAGCAAAUCCCAGAGGUUCAGCAGGCCCUUGCUGUACUCCCACAAAAAUGUCUCCAAUUAAUAUGCUAUAUUUUAAUGGCAAAGAACAAAUAAUAUAUGGAAAAAUUCCAGCCAUGGUAGUAGACCGAUGUGGGUGCUCAUGAGAUUUGCAUUAGGUUCAUGACUUCCUAAAACAUGGAAAGUCUUCCCUCAACAACUCUGAAACUGUGAAAUUAUGUACCACAGGCUAUAGGCCUUCAGUAUGCUAUAGUCACUUAGCACAAGCUGCAGUAUAUGAACUCAAAGGGAAUAUAUGCAAUGGGUGGCAUUUAAUCAUCAAACUAGAUCUUAUAAUAGAAAGUUUAUAAUUUCCAGAAUUUUUGAACUAGGAGAUCAAAUUGUAUUUAUGUUCAUACAUAUUACAACUACAACCUAGGCAAGGAAAUGGAAGCAAAUUCUCCUUGUGUUCUGGUGAGUGAGAGAGAGUGUGCUUUAAAGUUGAAUUCAUUACAGUGUCACUUCAUAUUGAGAGAAAAAAAAGUCUAUAUAGAACAUUGGUAAAGUACUGGAUUGUUAUCACCGUUUAAAACAUCCUUCUACACUUGAAUUUAUAUUGUAUGAUAGCAUACUUGGUAAGAUUAAAUUCCACCAAAUAGGAUGGUACGCCAUACAUACGUUUCCAUUCCUACUAUGAUUGGACAGUACGCUAACAAUCCAUGCGACGGUGCUAAGGCAGUAGAUUGAGUGGCUAAGACUCGCAGGAGUUUCAAGCAAACCAGUCAGAACAACCCCAAGUCACUCUCUUAUUCAGGUGCAUUUUCACACACCUCCAAAUGGGGAGUGGAUUUUCUCUAGGAAAGAAGAAUCAGCUUUCUAGAGGUCAGCUUUCAAUUCUGUAGCAUAGUGGAAGAACCUGCAUUAUCUUAAAAGGCAGCCAAAUAAUAGUCAUUUUUAUCAAAAUUUCAAAAUUACACCCUGCCUUGGCAACAUUGCAGUUCUGUUGGUAAAGUAAUGAAAUGACUGAUUCUAUCAAUAUUGUAUAA